GUGGAAAAAGCUCUGCACAAAAUGCACGAAUACAGCGCUAGCAACCAAGCAAGCUUGAGUUAAUACUGGUAGGCCUACCCACACGCAGGUCAAAAUAUGGAUACAGAGGAUUUCGACUGGGAAUUUGAACACCCGGAGGUGGAUCCUGACGAAGAUGAGGAACAGGAGGAGAUUGCCGAUCCUUACAAGGAUGAUGAGAGCAAAGAUGAUGAGGCCAUACAGAGGGAAUGCCUCAAAGCAUUCGCCAGCAUUGAUUACAUCAUGGAGUCUGGUGUCUUCAAAGAUCUUAAGAGGUACUUUCAGGCUGGGGGCACACCAGAACAAGUCGUCCUGCUGCUGUCAGAAAACUACACAGCCGUUGCACAGACUGUCAAUCUGUUCGCAGAGUGGCUCAUCUUCACGGGUGUGAAUCCCACUGAGGUGCAGCAGAUGGUCGAGGACCAUCUCAAGGCUCUCAUCAUCAAGCACUUUGACCCCAAGAAGGCUGACUCCAUCUUCAGUGAAGAAGGAGGGACCCCAGCUUGGCUUGAGAUUAUGAUCCAGCAUCGGACGUGGCGGUCCCUCUUCUACAAACUAGCCGAGGCUCACCCAGAUUGCCUCAUGUUGAACUUUACCAUCAAGUUGAUCUCGGAUGCCGGGUACCAGGGAGAGAUCGGUAAUGUGUCCACAGCUUGCCAUGAGAUUGAAGUCUUCACCAAAGUGCUUCAAACCACAAUCAAUAAAUUACUGGAAGGCGGUGAAGAUGCAGUCAUCAAACAUCUGCCGGAGUUUAGUAAGAUGGUGUGCCACGGUGAGCAUACUUACCUGUAUGCCCAGAUGCUGAUGCAUCUCCUAGCCAAGGAUAAAGACGGAGGAUCUAUCAUCCGAAGGUUGUACCAGGAGGUACAGAAUGCAGGCAAGAACAAGGGUGAGGGAGUGACCCAGAUAAGCCUUGCGUUGAGCAGUGCCGCUGCCUACCCCAAGGCCUGCCAAGCAUUGCUGUCUAUGAUCUGUAGGGAAGCACUCAACACAGCCGACAUAACUGUGCUGUUCAAGCUGUACAUGGGCCCUGACCCACCGCCGGUUGAACUGAUCCGAAUCCCUCAGCUCAUGGAGCUCUUCAAGCAGACGUUGUUCAAACCGGGAGCCAACGUCAAUCCUGAACACAGAAACAAGUACACCUACCUACUGGCCUAUGCAGCUAGUGUGCACGAGACGUUCAAAAAGGAGAAACGAAUUACGUUGAACAAGGAUGAACUGAAGCCUACGUGUCAAGCCAUAGAUAAGGUGUACAACAUCUGCAGCUGUGAUCAGAAAGUGGGUUCCGAGCUGACCGCUGAGCUGACUGCCUUCUAUCAGUGUAUAAGGUACCCUGUUGUAGCCCUGGGUGUGCUGUACUGGGUCGACAAAACGGUUCUAGACCCCGCCUACUUUCAGCGGAUCACUGACCACACCCCUCUGCAUCUCAUUGUACUGGAUGAGGUUGUUAACUGCCACCCACUUAUUCACGGCAAAGUCCUGGAACUUCUUAUCAGAUUAUUUGAAGAUCCGUACCCACAACUGGAUGUCCUUGUGCAGAUGGAGCUGAAGAAGACCAUUUUAGAUCGCAUGGUGCAUCUUCUCAGCAAAGGCUUUGUUGUGCUUGUUGUUCAGUACAUCGCCAAGUGUGUAGACGAUUCAGACACCGACAUGUCUCUCAUCAGACAUUUCGUGACAGAGGUGCUGGACAUGAUUGCCCCGCCCUACACCUCUGAGUUUGUCCAGCUCUUCCUGCCAAUCAUUGAGAACCAGGACAUCACGGGGACAUUACGUAAUGAGGACGGCAAAGAUCCAGUCUCCAAUUUCAUUGUUCACUGCAAGACCAAUUUCAUAAUGAUGACCUGAAUUCGCCACUAGAGGGCAGCAGACCUGUGAGAUAGACGAGAGACACUGGGCCACAUUGAACAGAACCUUCUACAGAAGAGCAACCAAAUCUGCAUGACAAGGCAGCCAACACAAACUUGGUUUGCCUUGAAAAAAAAGUUUUGCUAUCUUCAGAAGGCUUUGUCGCUUGGCACAAAAUGACAAUAGUGAUUGUGCCCAUUGCACAAUGGGGCUGCUUCUGUGCACAUUGUGCUCAAAUAAUGACUGAAAAUAAUGUUGAAUGGCCUAAUAUAUGUACUACAGCAUUCAAGUGGUGCAGAGAAUACCAUAGACUUGUUGACCCAACUCAUCUCUUUCCAAUUUGAGAUCCGCUGUGUUUUAAACACAUCUGAUGUCAGGAGAAUUACCAACAACAGUUAGUACAUAGCUGCUUCUUUGAAAGCAUCUACAAGAGUGACAUACUGAAAAUUCAUCAUGGUUUUUCUGGAAUAUUAAAACCUUUUUCUAGAAUGUCCAUUGGUUUUCAUUCAAACUCCUGGACAUUUUCUGGUAGCCUUGUCUAACGUACAUGAUGCUGAUGGCAGUUACUAUUUUGGAUGAUCCUCUUGUAUCUCUAUGCCAGUUCUGACAUGAAGUUUUUUUUCUGACAUGAACAGUUUUUUUUACAAAGGCUACAGAAGAAAUUUUUCAGUGAUCAAAGUAAUACGCCAUUUGAAUCAUUUAAACAAGAAGUGGUCUCACAAAACCACCGUAAUAUGGUACAAAUCACAAUUUGAACAAAGAAAUUCACUGGAGCGAAUUUGAAGUGGAGUGGGCUCCGUGCAUAAAUACCCCCUCAACGGUAAAAAUAGGAGAGUUGGGGGGGAGACCACUGGGACAGACAUUCAAAUGCAUUGCCGAUGCACACCUGAUGCACAUGUGAAGACGCUAUAUGGCAUUGUGCACAUUCGGAAUGAAAUUAGUUGGGCCUGUUUCACGCUAUUUGCGUGCAAACCAGUAUGCGCAUGCGGUAUGUCCCGCCAACUGGGCUCUCAAAAAGCGCCCUCUCUUGUUUGCACACGGAGCCCAUACCGUACCAAUGCUCUACCAACCGAGCUAUCCAGCCCUAUGUUGGUGGUUUCCCUAAAAGCUGUACUGUUAAAAAUGUUCUACAUGUGAGAAUGCAUCAGAUGAGGAGAUGUACUGUGCAAUCCUGAAAUAAAUUGGGCACUGUUACCAACCCCCCACCC